CUGGCAUUUUGAAUAAUUACCAACCAAUUGCUUUGAAUAUAACAAGUUGUUCGACAUAGUAUGAGUAAUUACCAUAGAUUCAACUCAUCUAACGACGACGAUGAAUCGCGUUUUCUAAAUACUUCUGGUUAUGCUGGUCAAAAUUCAAGAUAUAAUGCUAGUAGUGAUUCAAUAAAUUUUCAACAACCUCAAGCAGCUGCAUAUUCAGAAGAUAGAUACAGUAGAUCCCAUGAUCAUUUGAAUAGUUUCUACAAUGAUGAACAGAGUACCCAAGAUUAUUCAAAACCUACAAAUAUCUUUUCUGGUGCAGUUAAUCCUCCAGCACCAGCUUUUUCUCCUUUACCAAGUAGUGAUAAUCCUUUUGAAAAUGCUUUUGGUAGAGAAGAUACUUCCUAUGGUGGGAAUUUUGAUCCUAAUCACCAAUAUGAAAUGAAUGAUUUCCAUGAUUAUAAUUAUUCCGGUAAUAAAUAUUCAAAUAAUCCAAAUUUUUCUGAAGCUUUCGUACCCCAUGUUUAUGAUGACGAAGAAGAAAGAUUAGAAGAUCAAAGAAUUCAAUAUGAUCAAUUUGAAGGAGAUUACUAUGAUUUGAACACAGUUCAUUUACCUCCAACUCCAGCACCUGCUUCAAAUUCUGGUGCUCCAGUUUCUAGAAAUAUCACUCCACAUCAACCUUCCUUAAUCGACGUCCCUCCUCCCCAAUCUCCAUUUGAAAUGGUGGCUCCUCCUCCUCCUCAAAGCCCUUUUGGAAAUGAAUUUGAAUAUGGUGAGCCUCCUGAAGAGGAACCCCCUCGUGAAGAAAUCCCCGAUCCAGAACCUCAAAAAGCAUUACUUAUUUCUGGUAUCAAUGGUCAUUUGGUUUUGGAUUGUCCCGUAGCUGAUGAAUUAUUAUCAAAAUAUAAUAACUAUGAUCCAAAUAAUCCAGAUGGUGGUGGUUUAAAACGUGAAUUUAGUUAUAUGCGUUAUACUGCGGUUACUUGUGGUCCUUCAAAUUUCGAAAGAGAUAAUUAUAUUUUACGUCAAGUUCAUUAUACUCCUGAACCACGUCAAACUGAAUUAAUGGUUGUUGUUACAAUGUAUAAUGAAGAUGAUAUCUUAUUAGCAAGAACUUUAAAAGGGGUUUUCAAAAAUAUUAAACAUCUUGAAUCAAGAACAAGAUCCUCCACUUGGGGUCCUAAUUCUUGGAAGAAAGUUGUGGUUUGUGUUGUUAGUGAUGGUCGUUCUAAAAUUAAUGAACGUGCUCAAGCAUUGUUAGCUGCUUUGGGUGUUUAUCAAGCAGGUUUAGCUAAAUCCGUUGUUGAUGAUCGUAAAGUGCAAGCUCAUAUGUAUGAAUAUACUACUCGUGUUGGUAUUGCAAGUGUGGGCGAUACCGUUAAAUUAACUACUGAAAAAAUUGUUCCAGUUCAAAUGUUAUUUUGUUUGAAAGAAAAGAAUGCUAAAAAAAUCAAUAGUCAUAGAUGGUGUUUUGAUGCAAUUGCUAAACUUUUGAAACCUGAAGUUGUUGUUUUAUUGGAUGCUGGUACUCAGCCUACUGGUAAGUCUUUAUAUCAUUUAUGGAAAGAAUUCGCUAGAAAUCCUCAAGUUGCUGGUGCUUGUGGUGAAAUUAAAGCUUCUUUAAAGAAACGUCAAAUUGCUACUAAUCCAAUUGUUUAUGCUCAAAAUUUUGAAUAUAAAAUUUCAAAUAUUUUAGAUAAACCAACCGAAUCAGUAUUUGGUUUUAUUUCUGUUUUACCAGGUGCUUUUUCUGCCUAUAGAUAUGUUGCUUUACAAAAUGAUGUUAAUGGUAAAGGUCCUUUGGAAAAAUAUUUUAAAGGGGAAUUCUUACACGGUGGUGAUUUAGAUCCUGAUGACGAUGAAUACUUAUUAAAAUCCAAAAUGUUAGAAAAUGAGGCUGGUAUUUUCACUUCAAAUAUGUAUCUAGCAGAAGAUAGAAUUUUAUGUUAUGAAUUGGUUGCUAAACGUAACUGUUGUUGGUUAUUGAGGUAUUGUAAAAGUGCAUCAGCUGAAACUGAUGUACCUGAAAAAUUAUCUGAAUUUAUAUUACAAAGAAGAAGAUGGUUGAAUGGUUCAUUCUUUGCAGCAAUUUAUUCUUUAGCACAUUUCCCUAAAUUAUGGCAUUCUUCUCAUACAUUCCUUCGUAAACUUUUCUUACAUAUUCAAUUUUUUUAUCAACUUCUUAAUUUAAUUGUUUCUUGGUUUUCGAUUGGUUCAUACUUUUUGGUGUUUAGAAUCUUGACUACUUCCCUUGCUGCCAAAGAUUUACAUUUUGCCCCUGGUAAAGUUCUUUCAGUUAUUUUCCUAUGGUUAUAUUUAGCUUCCAUUGUUACUACCUUUGUUUUAAGUUUCGGUAACACUCCUAAAGGUACUGAAAAAUUUUAUGUUGUUAUUGUUAUUUUCUUUGCUAUUUUAAUGGCAUACAUGAUUUUUGCAGCUAUCUUUAUGGCAGUGCAUGCAAUCCAAUCUAUUUAUGAUGAUCAAACUAAAAUAACAGUUUCCUUGUUUUUCAAAAACGCUGAAUUUAGGGAUUUGGUUGUUGCCACUAGUUCUACGUAUGCUCUAUACUUUUUGGCAUCUUUCAUUUAUUUCGAACCAUGGCAUAUGUUCACAUCUUUCAUACAGUAUAUUUUAUUGUCACCAGCAUACGUCAAUGUGUUGAACAUUUAUGCAUUCUGUAAUAUCGAUGAUAUAUCAUGGGGUACUAAGGGUGACGUUGGUGCAGCUGACUUGGGUGCAGCUGUUAAGAAGGAAGAUGGUAGUUUCGACGUUAAUGUUCCAACUGAAGCAGCAGAAAUCAAUCAAUGUUACCUAGAAGAAUUAGAAAAGAUUAAAAAACCCAUUGAUAAUAGUGGUGAUAAAUAUGUUCCUACCCAUGAAGAUUAUUAUGCAUUCAUUAGAUCCAUGACUGUUUUGGUCUGGAUGAUUUCUAAUUUCGUGAUUAUUGCACUAGUCCUAGAAACAGGUGGGUUCAACCAAUUCGAAAGUGAAUCUUCUUUGUCAAAAACAAAAGAAUCAAGAGCAGAAGUCUUUUUAACAGUGAUCUUAUGGCUAGUUGCGUUCAUGGCGUUAUACAGAUUCAUAGGUUGCGUUCUAUACUUGAUUCAAAGAUUUGUCAGAGAACCUUUACCUUUGCCAUAUAAACCAGACCCCAAAGGAAGUUCAAUCAAACUUGAGGAUGAUGAACAAACAGCAGUUGAUACCAAGGCAUUGAAUGAAGCCGGGAUUGAUAAGGAUAUACCUACUAUCUUUAGCACGAGAGGCAACCAAGUCCAAAACAAAGCAGAGAAUGAGACUCAUUUGAUCAAUAUAAGUAAAAAACCAAGAUCAAUAUCGCUUCGACAAAAAUACUUUGAUAAACCAUUAAGUAUACUGAGACCUAUAACCAAGGCAUCAAAGAGGGAUUACAUAUGUAUAAUCGAAGAGAAGCUAGAGAAGUUGAGGGAAUUGAGCCAAGAUUGUGAAUCGGAUGACAUCAAAGAACUUGAGCUGAGAAUAAACAGUUUAAUUGAUGUGACAAUUCAUUCAAGAGAACAAGAACAAUUGGAAAGACAAAGGGAGCAAUUAGAAAAAGAAAGACUAGAAAUAGCUAGACAAGAAGAAGAAGCAGAAGAAAGGAAACGAUAUGAACUCGAAAGAAGAGAAGAGGAGGAACGGUUAGCCCAACAAGAAUUCAAUGGUGACGAACAAAUGGAUUUCGAGAAUCAACCUACAGACAUUAAUAGCACUUUUCAUGAAGGCUUCGAUAUCAUUAAGGAAUUAGAAAGAAAUCAACCACUACAUUCCAAAAUUCAAUGCAUCAACCAUUACAAUAAUAACCCUCAGUAUAUUGGUAAUAAUAUGUGUUUCGAUAAUACUAAGUGGGUUAAACUAUGAAUACUGU